GCUGCUUAUGUCAUGAGGUGUCACGACAGAUGAUGAAGUCGUCGUUGAGUAAUUGUUGAGCGUCUCUACGGUAUAUGAAUGAAUAAUGAAUAAGCUGCGGUUACGCGUUCGCGUUACUAGGAGACGCGCAUACCCGAGACCACUGCAAACUGACAGCACUCGUCUGCAAGUUUCGCCUUUUUUCGAGUAACAAACAUGGCCACCCUGAGCACAAAGCCAGGCUUGCGUUAUAGUGUGUCUGACUGGGUGACCAACAAUAAACACAACUCAGACACUGCUGAGCACAAGAGAAACAUUUCACACGAGAUACGACAGGAAGGAAGGGUUCUGCGGAAUGAGACUGCCAAUAAGACAAACUGGGAUAACUAUGACAGCAGUAGGCGGUUAAGUGACAGAAUCGAUGACAUCACACGUUGGAAAGAAAAGCUGAAAGCGUGUGCACAGGAAGUGAAUGCAGAAAUGGAUGCGCUUACUCUGUCAAAGCAGAACACAGAGCGUGCCCUUGCAGCCACCGUUCUGCCCCUUGAGGUCACAUCAGAGUGCUUGACCCUACGGGAGGGUCGCCGUGGUAAGGAGCUGGUCAGCGAUCCGGUGGAAGCUGAGCUUAAGAAGGAAGAAGAAGUGAUUGAUGGAGCACAGCGGGUCCUUCAGCAGUGCAUCACUCAAGCCUUUGAACAGCUGUGUCGCCUACAGGAAGUUCGCCAGCAGUUGACCAUUGACCUUCAGGACAAAAUAGAGGCCCUUGAGGUGGACACGUCCUGCUUGUCUCUUACAACACAGUCACCAGAGAUCUCUUUGAAGCCCAACCCUACCAGAGUUCCCUUGGGUUCCAUGACCCCCCAGCAGUGGGAGCAGUUCAGCCGAUACAACAUCACCCGAGCCAAGGAAGAGAUGCACAACUCAAUGCAGAUUAGAGAGAACAGCAGCCUCACAAGAGCACAGGUGCAAAAUGAAUUGGAAGCCCAACGAAAGGCUGUGGAGUUUGCUCUCCGUAAGCGAACUCAUCACCUGGAACAAGCACACAAGGAACUGCAGUGGCAGCUGAAAACUACUCAAGAUGAAAUUGCUGAGCUGGAGAAGGACAUCAAUGGUCUGGAGGAUGAUAUGCAGGCCAAGAUGGCUCCUUUAAAGCUGGUUCACACCCGCCUGGAGAACAGGACCAAGAGACCUGGUAUGGACCUGUGCAGAGAUGAGGUACAGUUUGGGUUGGUGGAGGAAGCCAAACAGUUAGAGGCCACAAUCGUAGCCCUAAAACAGAAGCUAGCACAGGCCCAACACUCUCUACUGUCUCUGAAGCAGCAUGAAGCUCAAAUGAUGGAGGAUCUCUCUCGCAAGCAGGAUGCUUUGUCAUUGGAACAGCGCAGCAGUCAGACUCGACAGCGCCUCACUGUGGUUGCCCAAACUGAGGGUCUGCCUUCAGCUGUAGUUCCCUUAACCAAUUCUAGUGGCAGACACAAGCUGGAUUUUGCUUGAGAUGCGUCCUUGUCUGGUCUAGUGGAUGGUCUGUUGUGAUCAGAGCAACCCAAAUGUUUUUUUUUCAUGUUGAAGAAUGUUGAUAACCAAACAACAUUGAACUCUUAUGACUUCUAUUAACAUGAACACUGAGACAUUUCUCAAAAUAUCUUCUUUAGUGUUUCAUAGUCGUAUAAAGAUUUUCAAUAUUAAAAUGCUGUCAUAUUAUCUUAGAUGGGAUCAAAUGUUCCGACUCCAAAAAUUAAAUCCAUCAAUCAUUAAUAUGUAAGACUUCAAUGGGUCAAUAAAUGUCUUCUGAAGCAAAGUGAUAAACUUUUGAAAGGAAACGAUUAAUACUCUGAGUUUAUUAAGUGAUCAAUACCCUGUGAAUUUGUGUAAACAAAAUGAUUAGUGUGCUAAGUUCAAACAUAGGGGUGUGUUGAUAACUUCAAAUCUCAUUGAUUCUUGCAUGGUAAUGAUGAAACAACC